AACUCCUUCGCGUUCCCGCUGCCCCCCUCCCCACUGCCGCACCAACACGUCAGUCUCGGCGACGCCAAACCCUCGCCCGCUCUCCAGAACCCCCGCUAUGGCCGCCACCGGCGCUGCCGCGCCCGCGGCCGCGGCCGUGCAGCCGCCGCGGCAGUUCAAGCUCGACCCGCAGAGCGAGCUCCGCGUGGAGGUGCUCCCCGACGCGACCCUCCGCGUACGCCUCGUCUCCGGCACGGCCGAGAUCUUCGGCACCGAGCUCCCCCCCGAGGGCUGGCUCACCAUCCCGCCCCGCUCCAAGAUCGCCAUUUUCACGUGGCACGGCGCGACGGUGGAGCUGGACGGGGUCAGCGAGAGCGAGUACACGUCCGACGAGACGCCGAUGGUGAUUUAUGUGAACGCACAUGCCAUUCUCGACGCACGGAGGGCGAGGGCGAGGGCAGCGCAGGGGGGCGACUUGGAGGCCUCACAGGGACCUAGAGUGAUUGUUGUGGGGCCAACCGAUUCUGGAAAAAGCACUCUGUGCAAAAUGCUCCUUAGCUGGGCUGCCAAAUUGGGAUGGAAGCCUACAUAUGUGGAUUUAGAUAUUGGCCAGGGUUCGAUAACCAUACCUGGAUGCAUUUCUGCUACACCAAUUGAGAAACCUAUAGAUAUAGUUGAUGGGAUCCCUUUGGAGAUGCCGCUUGCAUACUUUUAUGGCCAUCCAAAUCCAAGUAUUAAUCCAGAUGUUUACAGAGCGCUCAUGAGAGAGCUAGCUCAAACAUUAGAGACACAGUUCUCUGGGAAUGCUGAAUCUAGGGCAGCUGGUAUGGUUAUUAACACGAUAGGGUGGGUUGAAGGCCUUGGCUACGAGUUACUUCUUAAUGCAAUUGAAAUCUUCAAGGCUAAUGUAGUGCUGGUAUUGGGACAGGAGAAGCUCUGGAAGAUGUUAAAAGAUGCAGUACAAAGUAAGCCCAAUAUCGAUGUCGUAAAACUUCAUAAAUCAGAGGGUGUCGUCCUAAGGAAUUCAAAAUAUCGUCAAAAGACUAGAAGUUUUCGUAUCAAGGAGUACUUUUAUGGGAUUGCAAAUGAUCUGGCACCACAUUCAAAUGUAGUCAACUUCAGUGAUGUUUCUGUUUUUAGAAUUGGUAGUGGACAUCAAGCUCCUCGGUCAGCAUUACCAAUUGGCGCAGAGCCUGUGGCAGAUCCUACUCGGCUUGUUGCUGUCAACAUCAGCACUGAUAUGGUCCACACAGUGCUUGCUGUUUCUUAUGCGAAGGAACCUGAUGAAAUAAUUUCAAGCAACGUUGCCGGAUUCAUCCAUGUCACGGAUGUUGACAUCCAAAGGAAGAAGCUGACGUACAUCGCACCUUGCCCAGGAGACCUGCCAAGCAGGCUGUUAAUCGCGAGCUCCCUGACAUGGUACGAGCAGGCCUGACCUGGUUCGAGGUUGAACAUUGUAGGUAGGUAACCAUAUGGCUGAUGACAUGUUGUAACGUCGACAUGGAUACUCUGUGCAUUUGAUAACUGGAACACUGUGUUGGCAAAGCUGAAUGGGUUGGAUGAUA